AUGUCGUUCCUGGAGAGCGGGCGGCCGCGGAGGCGCGGGGCCGUCGUGGCCAUCCCCUCCUGGGGGGCGCGCGCGGGCCCCGGCGCGGGCGCCGACGGCCGGCAGGGGGCGCGCGCGGGCCCCGGCGCAUGCGCCGAGGGCGGGCGGCGGGCGGCCUGGCGGCCGUGGCCGCUGCGCCUUCUGGCCGUGGCCUGCGCCCUCCUCUUCGUCGCCCUCCUCGCCUUCCUCCUGGCCAUCGUCUACCUCGUCGUGCAAGAGUUGCGGGCUGAAAAGUCAAAGACCGAAGAUGGUAUGGAGACCGGUUUAUUAGGGUUCUGGACUCUACUUGUCAUAUCAUUGACGGCAGGAUUCUCAUGUUGCAGCUUUUCAUGGACAGUGACUUAUUUUGAUUCUUUUGAACCGGGCAUGUUUCCUCCCACUCCUCUUUCACCGGCACGAUUCAAGAGACUGACCGGUCAUUCUUUCCACAUGGGCUAUAGCAUGGCGAUCCUGAAUGGCAUUGUGGCCGCUGUCACCGUCGCCUGGUCCCUCACGUGAAUCAACACUGGGUCAAUCCUGCGGCCAAAGCAUCUUCUGCAGAACGCACAUAAUCGACUACAACUUUUUAUAACACUGAAGACUGCCCUCUUCAGCUUAAGGGCCACGAGGUCUGCAGAGGCUGAGAUUUAUAGCCGCGUUCUGGGUUCUUUUUGCUUUCUUAGGUGCCGUUUUGAGAAGUUUAACCUUGUCUGUGUAUAUUAUGUAGGUAGUUCUCUGAGUGUCGUUUCUUGAAUCUUCAUAUUUGGAUUUAAGAUCUGACUUGGAAAGACACCCCCUAAAUGUGGGAGUGAUGUUGCAGUUAGUUGAGCAAGUGCUGGUAACAUAAAUAGGAAAAGUUUUCUCAGCAGCACACUAUUUUAGCAAAGAAAACAAUACCUCCUACUUCUACGUUUUUAAAUUUAAAUGAAAUUGGUAGAAAAGUGACCAGUAGUCAGAAUGACUUAGGAAAUUCACUCACUGAGCACGAGCUGUAUUUAUAGAAAUGUUUUUCUCCACUGUUUUGUUUCUCUGUAAUGUUUUUUCACUCUAUUUUCAUACUUUCUAGGGUGUUUGGAAUAGUGCUCUUCUUAAAUAGCUGCCAAUUUAGGGUUUUGCAAGCAAAAAAUUCAUUUCAGAAUUUAGUAACUGGUUCAACUUGAAUAUUCUCACUUUUUAUUAAGGCUUGGGUGUUUUAAAUGUCAUUUUUUAAUCCCACCGUCUGACCUUAAGUUUUUUUGUGCAUUUUUACUAGUGAAAGGAACCUGAGUUCCUUCUAAUACAUGAGUCGGGAACAAAAAAAAGGGAAGCGGCAUACACAGGUUGAGGCUGUCCAAGGCAAAAUGUGUAUCUGUCUGAAAGAGAAUUGCAGAUCCCCAUUACUGUCAUCAAUAAAAAUGAAAACCACCUCAUUUUUAACUCCCUGAAAUGGGAAUUUGGAACAGGGGCUUUCUGUGGCAAGUGGAUGAGAACAUCUGGACCCCUUUGGCUUGGAUAUAAGAUCGCAUCCUAAUUGCCCGAGGAGCCGGCCUCAUUAUUUUUUGGUUCACCUCGAAAAAUUUGAAGGAUCUGCCACUUUUGAUCUCCGUCGGCCAACGCCAUCUGGGAAUAGAAGAAUCGAUCACAUUUUCUGAGCUCUCAGUGUGUACUGAGUGCUUGGGAGAGUGCAAUUGAUAUCAAAGAUGGUAGACCUGUUCCCUGCCCACAAAGAACUUACAAUCUAGAGUAGGGGGAACCAUGAGGAGGUUUAUUAAACAAAACAUCGCUCUCUGAAACCCUGUUUUGUUUUGUUUUUGCACCAAGGUAAGAAACAAAAAUGAUAGGAGUUCCAACAGGUAGCCAUCCCAGCCUCCUUCCUUUCCUAUGGGGAGUCAGGUCUGAAAUUGCUCUUCAUCUCCACCCUGUCACAUCUUAAAGCCACCUAGGACAGGGCAGGAGCAGCGAAGACCAUAUCAAAAACCCGAAAUGCGGCGAUAGCUAGGUCCACGUGCUGGUUAUCCUGGGAUGGUUUUUGACUGAAGCAGUUCCGCCUGACAUAAGACGUAACUCUCCCCUCUUAACCGAGCAGUGCCUGAGCGAUGCUCAUCUCCAGAAUGAAAAGGGGCCAGGAUAGGCAUGCUACUGCAUUGUCAUGGAAAAAAUGGGCAAGUUUGCUAAAGACUCUCCCUCUGGGACACACACCCAUUCGUGGAUACAGUCUCACUGUCAACUGCGUCACCUUUGAAUCGAAGCACAACUCUAUAUAGCUUGUCACCGUAGGUUACGUUUGGGCAGAUUUGUACAAAAAUGGAUUUUUUGCAAUGGAAAAAUUCUCUCAGAGGAUAUAUUUACCUUCUUGCCAUGUUAGCCACUGUGAUAGAAGUAAGGGAGAGAGCAAAACUGGAGUUGAAAAUAAUUUAAAAUGUAUUUAAUAUUGGUAAAUUUUCAGCCAUGGCCUAUUUCUACUUCAGUUCUAAAUGUAUGUAUGUUUAAUUCAAGUCCUUUUGUGGUAUUUAUUAUAAACUUGGAACAUUCGUGCAUAUUAACGUUACCGUUGUUUCUAUUUUAAACACAGAUUGAAGCCGAAAGUGAUAAUAAACUGUUUGAUAUUUA